AUGGGCUCAAGACCCGUCUCCAUCGAAUAUCUCUCCUCGGGCGCCAACCGGCAGACCGCUGUUGCAGACUGGAGUCAAUGUGGGAUUUUGGCUUUUGGAGCCGAUAUUAACAUUGCGUUAUGGCGACCUUUGUCGGAAUCUCCCCAGGGAGUCACAAAGCUGCUCAAUGGGCACAAGAGCACUGUCAAGGCCUUGACGUUUCUCUCCGAAGGAGACCAGGACGAAAACUCGUUUCUCGUUUCUGGCUCAGACGACAAGACCGUGAUCAUCUGGAAAGCAUCUCGCAACAGGGAUGAAUUCAAGCCCAUCCAUACCUCAACGGAGCACACUGCUGCCAUCAACUGUAUCGCUGCCUUGAGGAUUAAGGGGGCCCAGAAAUGGAUUAUCGCAACUGGAAGUGCAGAUGCCUCCAUAAAAAUAUGGAACCUCGAGAAUGAUCAGUUCACUCUACUCCAAAGCGUCAAGACAACACCCAAAUACUUCCCCAUGUGCCUAUCACUCAGCUACGCUGGAGAUGAAGACGAUGUUUUGGUGCUGGCAUCCGCUGGUACAAGAGAUAUAGUGCAGAUUUUCACAGCUGAAGUUAAGUCAGAAAACGUUCAGUUCAAUGUGCAAGCCACUUUGACAGGACAUGAGGGUUGGAUACGGAGCUUGAGCUUCGCCAAAGAGACAUGUGCCCCUGACAGUGAUCUGUUACUCGCCUCAGCGAGCCAGGAUAAAUACAUCCGUAUCUGGAGAUUCCACCAGGGGAGGGAGCUGCCCGCUGCUGCUGCCAGUGGUUCAGACACUUCCAGUGACGCAUACCUCCCCGGAAAGUCACCCUCCAACAAGGCACAUCGUCUUCAGUCCGCCGGCAAGGACUUCUCUGUUACUUUCGAAGCACUUCUUUUGGGCCACGAGGACUGGAUAUACAGUGCACGCUGGCAACGACAGGACAACGAAAAGCUACAGCUGCUCUCGACAUCGGCCGAUAACUCGCUCGCCAUCUGGGAAGCUGACUCUGGCUCUGGAAUCUGGGUCAGCAUGGCAAGACUUGGUGAGAUUAGCAGAGAGAAGGGUGCAACAACAGCAACUGGAAGCACAGGCGGAUUUUGGACUGGCUUGUGGUCUCCUGAUGGUAAAUCAGUAGCCUGCCUCGGCCGUACUGGUAGCUGGAGACGAUGGGAAUAUGUCCCCGCGGAAGACUUUUGGCAGCCAUGUGUUGCUAUUUCUGGGCAUACCAGAGCUGUCACAGGUAUAACGUGGGCCAAGAAUGGUGAGUAUCUCUUGUCAACAAGCUCUGACCAAACCACACGACUGCAUACACGCUGGGACAGACCAGGAAAUGAGACAUGGCAUGAAAUGUCCCGGCCUCAGAUUCACGGCUAUGAUCUCAACUGUAUUGACUCUGUGGGAACUUCUCAAUUCGUCUCAGGGGCAGAUGAGAAACUCAUGCGUGUCUUUAGCGAACCCAAAGCUGUUGCCUCGAUGCUCAACCGUCUUGCAGGCAUCGGUGGUGGUAUGGAUGUUCAGAACAUGCCAGAUGCCGCCAACAUGCCAGUCCUGGGACUAUCUAACAAGGCAAUUGAUGCCGUGGAAGACGACCAAGAAAUUCAGCCCAUCGACGACCGGGAUCGUGAGGCCAUGGAUCCAGCCUCGAUAGUCAAAAAGUCGCAUUUGGAGAUCGAUCACCCUCCUUUUGAGGAGACACUCUCAAGACAUACCCUGUGGCCGGAAACCGAGAAGCUGUAUGGACACGGCUACGAAAUUUCUUGUCUCGCAGCUAGCCACGAUGGCACUCUCGUCGCCAGUGCAUGCAAAGCCAGCUCAACCAACCACGCCGUAAUUCGACUAUUCGAAACAAAUCGUUGGACUGAGCUCAGGCCGCCUCUGGCCGCACACUCUCUAACAGCCACCCGCCUUCGAUUCUCCUCUGACGACCAGUUCCUCCUGAGUGUAGGACGCGAUCGCCAAUGGGCGGUCUUUGAACGCGCGCCUGAGGAUGAAGCUGCGUACAAGCUGCUGCAGAUCAAUCCCAAGGGUCACACACGUAUGGUACUUGACGCAGCGUGGGCGCCUGCGUCGUCUGAGGCGUCAGUAUUCGCAACUGCUGGCCGUGACAAGCAAGUGCGCAUUUGGGCCGCCAAGCCAAACGAAGAUGGAAAGCUUCAGUUCUCUCAGACAGCCUCCAUCCCGACUGCAUCCCCUGUGACAUCGGUCGAUUUUGUCCCUCAGGUUAUUGACGGUAGAUUUAUCUUGGCAGUUGGCACAGAGCUUGGCCGACUAAGUCUGUGCCUGAUCAAGGAGGAUGGAACUGAUGUCAUUGAGAAGCCCGCAUGUGAGGAUUACUGUUUGCCCAAGGCUAUUCACCAGCUUGCUUGGCGUCCUGUCGUACGAGAGGGGGCUGAGAGGCCAUUUGAAGUGGCAGUUGCAGGAGAGGAUAGUUCACUCAGAGUAUAUGCCUUCAGCCAGGCGUAUCUUCAGGUGUCUGCAGACCCAUAG